AUGAGAAAUGAUUACAUAAAACACAUAAUCUAUUGUGUCCUACUCCAAAUAUUACUACUGUGGUCCUCUUCAAACUCUAGCGACCUCUCCGAAUUCAAACCAGAGGCCCUUAUACAGUAUGAGAUAAGGAAAGUGGAGGGUACGGCAGCGGGGUACUUUCUAACCUACACCUCUGAUAUAAGGAAUGUGGGAUCAUAUUGGGUACACCUACAGAAGAGCGAUGGUACUGAUGAGGGUGAGAAGUGGGGGAUUACUUUCAAUGAGUACAAAGGACAAACCUGCUACAAGAUAGAGGCUCUACAUGGUGUAAACAAAGGAAGAAUGCUGGUAGCUCACAGCGACAACAGAGCUAACGGUGACGGUAGAGUGCUAGUACACAGCGCUGAUCACCGAGAAGGGGACGAGUGUUGGGUUAUACAGGGUGUUAGGAGACAGGGUGUCUCUGUUGGAUACACUAUUGUUAAAUCUACCGAACGACACAGGGGCAAGUACCUAAUAGCUAGCGAGGUACGUGAUGAUGACACAUUCUGGGUAGAUGUCACUGAUAAUGUACAGGUGGAAAGUUUGUGGCAGAUUACUGCAGAUAGAAGUAAGAACCAUGAGGAGAUGCAUUAA